AUGCAGAUUCAUUUAACGAAGCACGGCGAAUAUCAUGUCACUACGCUGGUUAGCAUGACCGCCUUAGCAUCGACUUAUCGGCAACAGGGCCGAUGGCAGGAAGCGGAGCGGCUUGAGGUUCACGUCCUGGAGAGCUAUAAGCACAAGCUCGGGGUUAAUCAUACUUCUACGCUAAAGAGCAUGGCUAACCUAGUAUCAACUUAUAAGGAGCAGGGUCGAUGGGGAGAAGCAGAGCAGCUUUUUGAUCAUGUGAUAAAGAACAAAACAAAGCUUGGAGGAGACCAUCCCGACAUGCUACCGAUCAUGGCCAAUUUGGCAUCUACAUAUUCAAGCCAGGGUCGAUGGGAUAAGGCCGAGGAGCUUCUUUUGCAGGUUAUAGAGCUCUUUAAGACAAAAUUAGGCCGAGAGCAUCCUAACACGCUGAAGAGCAUGGGAAAUCUAGCGUCGACGUACAUGAACCUGGGCCGAAAUUUGCAAGCCGAGGAAAUUUCUGUGCAGAUUGUCAGCAUUAUUAAAAGAAAGCUUGGCGAAGAUCAUCCUUACACUAUCACAAGCAUGAACAACCUCGCGGCGAUGUAUAUUGGCGAUGACCACCCCGACACUCUUGGUAGCAUGAACAACCUCGCGUCGAUAUAUAUGCGGCAGCACCGAUGGGAGAAGGCCGAAACUCUCUACAUGCAAGUGGUAGGAGCUCGCAAGAAGAAUCUUGGCGAACACCAUCCCGACACACUAGCAAGUUUGGCAAAUUUAGCAUCGACGUAUAGGAACCGCGGCCAAUUUAAGGAGGCGGAAAAACUCAACAUUGGAGUCAUGGAGUCUCGCCGGUGGGAAGCGGCCGAGAUGCUCUUUGUGCAGGUGAUGGAGAUUCGCAAGGGGAAGCUCGGCGAGGCACAUCCUGACACGCUAAAGAGUGUCCAUAAUGUGGCAUCAACAUACUGUAGCCAAGGUCGAUGGGAAGAGGCCGAGAGGCUCUUUGCUCAGGCGAUAGAGACUCGCAAGACGAAGCUCGGCGAGGAUCAUCCUGAUACGCUGCUGAGCAUAACCAAUCUAGCGUCAAUGUUCCGGAUCCAUGACCGAUGGGAGGAGGCGGAGAAGCUCGAUCUUCAAGUGAUGGAGACAUGCAAAAUAAAGUUCGGAGUGGACCAUCCCGAAACUCAUAUGAGCAUGGCCAAGGUUGCUUUCACCUGGAAAUACUUAGGUCGCAAUGCUGAAGCUAUCCACUUACUAAGAAUUUGUGUUGACCAACGGCACCGGUCACUUGGCUCAGAUCAUCCUCAGACUCGAUCAAUUUCUGAAACGUUGCUGGAAUGGGAAAAGGAAAGCUGA